UUGCACUACAAUUUACACUAGAAGAGAGAACGUCUAGUCGAUCGAUGGAGAAAAGAGAGGAUAAACGUACGUUAUGGACUUCUUCACAAUUACUUGUGUUCCGGACCUCAUGGAGAUAUGAUCCGUAAAGAAGAUCAGUAUUUUAAAGUAAAUAAAGUUCUACUGUUAACUAUUGGCUUAUGGCCCUUUCAGCAAUCAAAUUUUACUAGAUUUCAACAUAUUUUUAUAUCUGCUAUAUUCACAACGUUUAUUACAUUUCAGCUGACUGCGUUUGCAACAUUGAAUUGUACUUCGGAACUCUUUAUGAAGAUUUUGUCUUUCGUAUCCCUCUUCACUGUUUCUAUAGUAAAAUAUUACGUGUUCCUUUUUCACAUCGAAGGUGUGAAGGAUUUACUGAUGCAGAUCCAGUACGUACGUAACGAAUUAAAGGAUAAAAAUGAAACUGCUAUCAUAAAGAAAUAUGAUUGCAUUGCAAAACGUUAUACGGUUGCACUUACAAGUAAGACAAUUUUUAUUGUUUUUAAAUAUAAUGGCACACAUUGUCAAUAUAAUAUGUAAGUUGUC